AUCAUAGACGAGACCACCCGGGGCUUACUAGCGCAGGCUAUCCGAAAUACAUUCACGUCGUCUAGUAUAGAUCAUAACGAAGAGUACAUUGAUUCCUUGAUCUCUAAAGUAGACAAUGACAUCCUCCAGGCUUAUCUCGUAAGUCAAGAUGGAAAUGCAAGAGAAACCCCGCUACGAACCAGCGUCUCGGAUUUACGAACGCCUCUAGCUUCACCACCGAAAGGGCACACCGCGUUUACAAUAAAAGCAAUAGCCUUAAUAUUAUUUGAAUAUUUUGUGGUUAAUUCGGCGAUCGUACGAUAUGGUCAUCAAACUUCUAUAGCCCUAACAAGGACCGAUCCCGAUAAAAUCCGGAAAUAUAUUAAUGAGAUUGCAGAGUAUAAUUAUAAGCAAGCAGUUAGUAUCAUUCAAAGGGACAAUACUCUAGUAAAAAUCAUCCUUAAGGGUACUAGGCUGAUUAAUCAUACGAAGCUGCCGUCCGCGAAAGGCCCGGCCGACGGAUUCACUGUAGCGGAGAAAGCUACGACUAGAAAAUUCAUAGAAGACGCUAGAUACGGAUUGAGUGCCCAAAACUAG